AUGGCGACCAGGAAGGCCGAGGUCCAGCGAAGGAUCGUGUCCAAGGACGGCCACAACAAUGUGCGUGUGGACAACGUGGAGGGCAUGGUGAAGCUGUACCUGCACGACAUCUGGACCACCGUGGUGGACAUGAAGUGGCGCUACAAGCUCACUCUGUUUGCCUCCACCUUCGUCAUGACUUGGUUCAUCUUCGGGGUCAUUUUUUACUUCAUCGGCAUGGGCAACGGAGACUUUGAGGCCAGCAACAGCACGGCCUGCGUGGUGAACGUGAAGACCCUCACUGGCGCCUUCCUGUUCUCUCUGGAGUCGCAGACCACCAUCGGUUAUGGUUUCCGUUACAUCUCAGAGGAAUGCCCUCUGGCUAUCUUCACGCUGGUGGUCCAGCUCGUCAUCACCGGCCUGGCCGAGAUCUUCGUCACCGGGGCCUUCCUGGCCAAACUGGCUCGCCCCAAGAAGCGAGCGGAGACCAUCAAGUUCAGCCAGUCGGCGGUGAUCUGCCGGCGCCAGGGCAAGCUGUGUCUGAUGGUGAGGGUGGCCAACAUGAGGAAGAGCCUUCUGAUCCAGUGCCAGCUGACAGGAAAGCUCCUCCACUCCAAUGUGACGGAGGAGGGCGAGAAGACACAAAUCCACCAGAGCUCGGUGGACUUCUACAUGGACUCCAGUGGAGAGUGCCCCUUCCUCAUCCUCCCGCUCACCUUCUACCACGUUCUGGACGAGCACAGCCCGCUGGCAGGACUCAACGCCGAGAACCUGCACACUCGUGACUUUGAGCUGCUGGUGACCCUCAACGCCACCAUGGAGUCGACCGCCGCCACGUGCCAGAGCCGCACCUCCUACGUCCCUCAGGAGAUCCUCUGGGGUUACGAGUUAAAGCCGGUGCUGUUCAGCACCACGGGCGGCCGCUACGUGGCAGAUUUCAACUUUUUUGACAAGGUGCAAGUGAGCAACGAUGCAGCCUUCCUCAGUAACAACACAGAGAAGCUCAAACUGGAGGAGGACUACAAGAAGGAAUAG